CUAUGUUCCUGCUAAAUAUCAGGUCUGGUUAAGGAAUAAUUCCAGGAAGCAGAAAGACUUUGCCACUACAAAGGAAAGUUCACGUAAUUCUUAACAUUAACAUUAUGUGGUAUUACUGUGAGUAAUAAUAAGUGUCUCAAAAGUCUAUCUCAGUCACCUGCAGGCCCCAAAUGAAGAGGACACCCCAGGGUUGCCAGUCCAGACUGCCAGACAACACUGCCUUGAAGCAGCAGCAACUGCCGGCCUACCGGCUGCAGCUCUCUGCCACCGGCGUACUCUCUGGCUUUUUCGCCACAGGAGUGUUCUGCCUUGGCGUGGGCAUCAUCCUUAUAUUGUCUGCAAAGAGCAUCAAGGAAAUAGAGAUUAAUUACACAAAAAUCUGUGCAAAUUGUGCAAAACUGCGGGAAAAUGCCGUGGAUUUUGACAAAGAAUGCACCUGCUCUAUUCCCUUUCACAUUCCAGAGACAAUGCAGGGUAAUGUUUAUAUGUACUACAAAUUGUAUGGCUUCUAUCAGAACCUCUAUGGAUAUAUUCUAUCCAGAAGUAAUAGCCAACUGCUGGGUACAGAUGUAAAGGAUGUUGGAAGCUGUGCUCCGUUCAGAGAGUCCCACAAUGGGACCCCCAUCGCUCCUUGCGGUGCUAUCGCCAACAGCAUAUUCAAUGACACCAUUAUUCUUUCAUACAACCUUAAUUCAUCUAUACAUAUCAAAGUCCCAAUGCUAAGGAGUGGAAUUACAUGGUGGACAGAUAAGUAUGUCAAGUUUCGGAAUCCCAGUUCCAAUAAUCUUUCUAGUGCAUUUGCAGGAACCACAAAGCCUCCAUACUGGCCUAAGCCUGUCUACGAACUGGAUGAAGAGGAUCCAGGGAACAAUGGCUUCAUCAACGAUGACUUCAUCGUGUGGAUGCGGACGGCUGCCUUUCCCACUUUCAAAAAACUGUAUCGUCGACUCAGUCGAACACAGCGUUUUAUUGAAGGUUUGCCUGCUGGUAAUUAUAGUUUCAACAUAACCUACAACUUUCCAGUAACCAGGUUCCGAGGAGAAAAAUCAGUUGUUCUUUCCACCCUGACGUGGAGCGGAGGCCGCAGCCUUUUCUUAGGUCUCGCCUACACAGUGACCGGAGCCGUGACGUGGCUGGCCACCUUUUCCAUGAUGGCAGCUCACCUGAUGCUGAAAGAAAGGAAAAUGUUCUUCUCCCAGCAGUAACGUCAAGCUUUAGAAAGAAAAGCAGAAAA